AUGCCUCCUUUGUCGUCCAAGACUACCACGUUCCUUGCCUACCUCACACUCAUUCUCGCCGUCUCUGCCGCUGUCGUCGAGGCCCACGAGCCCCUGCGCGCCCGCGGUGGCCAUGCUUCAUUGAAACGUAUCAUCAGGAAACGAGCUCCUCAAGAUUCGGAUGCUUCAACCGACUCUGGCUUCCCUUUCCCACCCAUCAUCGGCGCUGCACCCAUCCCAUCGGCUAGCGAGUCUGCCUCUGAGUCCGCCACACCCAGUAGCGUGUUGAGCGGAUCCGCCUCCGCCUCUGCCUCCGUUUCUGCCUCUGCUGAGCCCUCGGCGUCUGCCAGUGUUUCUGCCAGCGUCUCUGCAUCGGGCUCUGUUUCCGGCUCUGCCUCUGCUUCAGCUUCUGCCUCUGCUUCAGAAUCAGAAUCCGCCUCGGCCACGCCAUCGGCCACCCCCGCAGAAGAGGAAGAGGAACCCAUCGUCACCGACACUCCUGCACAACCUACCGAAAGGUCGACUAGCACCCGUGUCGCUCAAACCAAAACUGUGAUCCACGACGUUGAGGUCGAGGCCACCGCUCCUCCUUCAAUGGCUGGUGCUGCCGCUGACGAUCAAAGCAAGAGCAAUAUCGUCACUAUCCUCAUUGCCGUCGUCGCGUCUGUUGGUGGUGUCUUCAUUCUCUGGACCGUCUUCCGCAAGUGGAAGCUCGGAAGCUCCAAGAAGUUCGACAGGCGGUUGCAGCCUAUCGAUUGGGAGAAACCAACCCACGAGGACGACCGCGAUCCCGGUAUUAUCCCUUCUCACCGCCGCCACUCGGGAUCAUCCCUCAACUCUUCUGGUCACGGUCACGGCAGCGCUCGCAGCAACACCAACUUUGGUCUCCCUGAGCAUGAUUUCACUGCUGGCCCCGCUCACCUCAGCCCCGUCGGUGGUUACGCGGACAUGUCCCGAGGUCCCAGUCCAGGUCCUCAAUUUGGUGGUUACGCCGCUGGGCCUAGAUAUUAAUUGUAUCUAGGCGUCAGUCAUAGCCAUCAUUCACACUUCCUUUUGUUGCGGAUUAGACAGGUGUGACUGGUCACCACUGUCGCCCGCGUUCUCCCAUCCAGUGGAUCAUACCACUUUGACCCGACUGUAAUCUUAUUCCGUUUAUUCAUCCAUAGAGCACUUCAUACAUACCCCGAACUCUUCCUACUUUCCGCCCACUUGAGA